AUGAUGGGGCAAAAAGAGAAUAUAAGCGAGGGAAAUAGAGGUAUUUUAUACGAAAAAAAAGAAGAAGAAGAGGAGAUUAUAGGGUAUCGCGAAAAACUGCGGAAAAAAUUGAAGUAUUGGGAGAGAAAAUUCAAAGAACAAGAAGGACGUAGCCCAGAAAAAAGAGACAUAAAAAAAGACAAAAAAAUAAAAGAGUACUAUAAACUUUAUAAUCGAAUUCGCAUGGGAAAAAUCGAGUUAAAUGACGAAAAAAUAGAAAAAAAAGAAUAUUUGAUAAAAAACUAUAAUAAAAUAGAAGAGAUAGACAAUGAAAGAGAUAUGGAGAGUACUAUAGAUAAAGAAGAUACAGGAAUGCUUUUUGGCGGAAAUUGCGAAGAAAUAGGACCAACACCGCAAAAGAUAGGAAAACCGAUAGGAAUUUUUGAUGAUUUAUAUAAUAAUUCAUAUGUUUUAUGGAAGGGACAUGAAGAAGAAGAAGAAGAUAUGACUUUAAAAAUUAUAAAAACUCCAGAAAAAAAGGAAAGAAAUAUUGAAAGAGUGAAAACUCCGAUAAAAACACAGGAUAAAAGCAGUUUUCUUACGACACCAGUGUUUCUUAAGAGAUCUAUGAACAUAACAUCAUCUAUUUCUCCGAAAUUUUCAUUUAGGACAACUUUAUUAUCUAAAAAAAGUCUUAGCUCAUUAAUAGAAGAAUUACGACAAAUGGAAAAUAAUUUUGUUGAUCCGGAAGAAGUAUUAAAAGAAAUUGAAAAUCAAAACAGCAAUACGUUAAUUGAAGAGGAAAAGGAGCCUAUAGAAAAAAUAGUUUCAGAAAAUAAAAUAUGGAAAAAAAAAGGAAUUAAACGAUCGAAAAAAAGAGUCAUAUUGAGACCUGUUAUUAUUAAAAAGGAAACGAAAAAAAUAGAAAACCAAUCAAAUAGAUUAAUAGACAAAAAAACUUUUAAAGAAAAUCACAUUCUUCAUGAAAACAAAACUCUAAGCAAUAUAGAUAAAGAAAAUACCAAAGAUACUGGUAAACAUAAAAGAUAUAUUAAGGGAAAAGGAGGCGUUUUUCUUCGCUCUCAAGUUAGUAGAAAUUACGUAAGUUACAAAUUAAGAAAAUACAAGUCCAAAUUUCGACAAAAAUAA